CGCCCCAGCCUGCGUCCGCCAGUAGUCCAGUCGCUGCCCUUUUCCACGCAGGUUAGCCGUAACGGGAGGAACCGAGGAAGGAAUACCGGCUAGCUGUUCUUCCCAGCGCUCGCAGCCGCGCCAUGCUCGUCCUCCGAAGCGGCCUGACUAGAGCUCUGGCUGCGCGGACGCUCGCGCCUCAGGUUUUCUCAUCUCUUGCUACAGGCCCCAGACAAUAUGAUGGAACAUUCUAUGAAUUUCGUACUUAUUAUCUUAAGCCCUCAAAGAUCAAUGAGUUCCUGGAAAAUACUAUGAAAAACAUUCAUCUUCGGACAGCGUACUCUGAAUUGGUCGGAUACUGGAGUGUAGAAUUUGGAGGCACAAUGAAUAAAGUGUUUCAUAUUUGGAAGUAUGAUAAUUUUGGCCAUCGAGCUGAAGUUCGGAAAGCAUUGGCCCAAGAUAAGGAAUGGCAAGAACAAUACCUUAUUCCAAAUUUGGCUCUUAUUGAUAAACAGGAGAGUGAGAUUACUUACCUGGUGCCAUGGUGCAAAUUAGAAAAGCCUCCAAAAGAAGGAGUCUAUGAAUUAGCUACUUUUCAGAUGAAACCUGGUGGGCCAGCUCUGUGGGGUGACCCAUUUAAAAGGGCAGUUCAUACUCAUGUCAAUCGAGGCUACACGAAACUAGUUGGUGUGUUCCAUGCAGAAUACGGAGUACUCAACAGAGUUCAUGUUCUUUGGUGGAAUGAGAGUGCAGACAGUCGUGCAGCUGGGAGACACCAAUCUCAUGAGGAUCCCAGAGUUGUAGCAGCUGUUCGGGAAAGUGUUAACUUCCUUGAGUCUCAGCAAAAUAUGCUUCUGAUUCCUAUGUCAUUUUCACCUUUGAAAUAGUUUUUCACUGAAAGACGAAGCAUUGCAUUAACUGCUAUAAGUUUUGUCUGCUAAUGGUGCUUAAAUUCUCCCAAGAGAUUCUCAUUUUUAUUUGAAGGAGGUGGUAAGUUAAUUUGCUAUGCCCUCUGCAUUUUUAAAAGCUACUUCUGUCCAUUGUCAUCACCUUUUGAGGAAAUAGUUCUGUUCAUUUUCCCUUUGGCAUUUCAGUAUCUGUCAUACAUUAAAAAUAGCUGUCAUUCCUAUAAGAUCUUGAGUUUUCAUUUAUUUCAGAAUCUCUCUUGUUCUAUAUGUUUACAAUAGCAUUUCCUUUUAUAGCAUUUCCCUAUAUUGAAAUGAUUAUGUUACAUUUCCAUGCCUAUGAUCAUAUUUUUAAAUUAUUUAUAUAUAUUAAUAACUUUUUCAUGUCUAUUUUGCUGAAAUUUUAAAAAGUUUUGUCCAGUAAAAUUUAUUUUGUAAUACCAAAUGGGAUUCAUAAAAAUAUUAAACCUGUUUAUUAUGGAAAAGUAUAAUAUCUAUAUCAUCUCUAUUCAUUUUGGGCUUUACAUUAAUAAUUAAUUAUAUAUGUAGAAAAUAAUGUUAUUAGGUCCUCAUUAAAAUUUUUUGAAGACUCAUUGGUUUAUAUGCUGAAAAUAUCUUCAUUUACAAUUUAUUUUACUAACUCUUACUUCAUUUUGAAUCACAAUGUAACAAAGAUACUUGGGGCAUCUAUUUGUGAUAAUGAGAUAUUUAUGUUUAUGGAAAUGUUUGCCCUAAUAAAAGCCUACAGAUACA